UAUCAAACCGAAAACUGUCAAAAUAGAAUAAAUGCCUCAAAUAAAACAGGCAAACAAAAUAAGUUUGGAAAACUGCAAAGAAAAACAUUGAAUUUUAUUCUCUGGAAUCGAGCGAUAACGAUAGUAGCAUGCUCAAGGGAAUUGAUGUGGCCACAGCCACCGAGGCCACAGAUGAUUCCAGCCUCGAGCUGGACAAUUUAGAGCGUCAGUCUGAAGCCUCUACUCUGCCAAGUGGAAGUCGUCUCAAUCCCGAUGCACCGGACUUUGUGCCCGGCUUAAGCACCGGAGCCGGUUUGCUGGCCAUCAAAAUAGUGAACGAAUUAUCGGAUUAUCCACGCUGGAGCAAUGCCGCCAGCGACACAGUGGACACAUAUGGACCACGUUACGACAGCAUCUGGCGUGAGAAUUGUCUGCGAGCUGAGAUGGACGCAGAGGCAGUAGUUGAAGCACUGAAUGCCAGCGGCAUAGAGCUUGUGGGUGACGUGGGGCAACAGUCGCCAAUGGACAAGAGAUCGUCGAAGACAGCCAGCGAUUUGGAGACAACAUCGACAGCAACAACCACAGUGAACGGACGUUGCUGUGACAACUGUGCGCUGAUGUAGGGUGAACUGGAAUUUCUAUAUAUGAUAUUUUUAAAGGUAUUUUAUGACUUUUCGCUUUUGCCAAUUGUGAACUUAUUAAAGAUUUGUCGCGUUGAUGUGAAUAUGGU